CUACUUUUUUCUUGUCCAAUCUCCUCAGUCUUCAGUCUAGUAUUCUUUAUCACUUUCUUUGUGAGUACUCUUUCAAAGAUUUUAAUGUUGUGCGUAAUUUCUGAGUCUCUUCCUUGUCAUUGUUGAGAUGGUUCAAAGUGAUUGAUAUUCCCUGCACUUGCGCCUGCUUCAUUCUGCUAUUUAUUAUAGCACAUACAAUCGGUGGUAAAGCAGUUUCCCAAUGGCUCUUGAGACGGUUGCGCAACUUGCCCUGGAGCCUGGCUUGAAAGGGAUUUUGAAAGCAGGUGAGUUCAUUUAUAAUGGAUUAAGAGGUUCUGAUUGUAAGAAUCUCGAACAAGUUGUAGAUAGUUUGAUGCCGAUCGUCAGAGAGAUGUGCGAUUCAGAAUCAAUACCGACCUUAUCACUGCAAAAAUUCCAAAAAUUCCGUGACAAAAUUGCCGAGGGCAAUAAGCUGGUAGACGACCACAAAAAUAGUGCCAAUCCCGUCCGGCUGAUCCAGAUCAACGGACGCGGUAAGAAGCUGGAUAAGUCUAUUAACAAAUUCAUUCAAAAUGAGCUUCCGGUCGUCAUGCUUCACGUGCAGGCUUAUUUUUCCACCAGACUGAAUGCUGUGCUCCGCCUUCAGCACGUCAUGCUGAACAUGCAGGUUUCUUUCUGCACCCAAAUGGACAAUGUGCGUGAAGGAGUGGAAGCUGUGCGUGGAGGAGUGGAAGCUGUUCGUGAAAGAAUGGAAAAUGUGCGUGAAUCUGUGGAAACCGUGCGUGUACAGGUGGAAAGUGUGGGUGAAGCGGUGACGGAAUCCGUGCGUGAUGGGGUGAAAACUAUACAUGAUGGUGUGGAAACAGGGGUGCAAACUCUGUAUCAAGCGGUGCAAAAUGUGAAUCAAGUGGUGAAAAAUGUGAUGUCCAAAAUUGAGGAACAAGAAAAGCAAAUAUCACAGCAGAAUGAGAGCCUCUGCGGCCCGCCAGAUACGCCGAGCGGCUUCCUGGGUUUUGAUGAACACAUAGUGAAUUUGAAGAACUUUUUGCUGGAGGAUGGAGUGAAUGUGGUUGGAGUUACAGCCAUGGGUGGUGCAGGAAAAUCUACACUUGCAAAGGCCGUUUGUAAAGACGGUCAAAUCAGAGGGUACUUUGAGGAGAGAGUAAUAUACAUUGUCGCUUCAGAAAACCCAGAUCUCCUAAGUAUCCUGAAAACCAUGUGGAAAAGCAUUGUUGGUCGCUCAGAACCUCAUUUCACAAAUGUUGAGGAUGCACAUGACAAAUUGGAAUCGCAAAUAAAGUUAAUAAAAAAACCCACUCUCGUGGUAUUGGAUGACAUUUGGUCCCGGUUCGACUUGGAAAAACUGUUAUUUGAAGGGGAGCAAUACAAGACUCUAGCAACCACCAGAAAUGAAAGAGUCCUUCCAAAAGGGCCCAAGACAAGCGUUUAUAAACUCCCAUUGUUACCACAGAAGCUUGCUCUGUCACUUUUCUGCCACCAUGCCUUUGGCCAACCUUCCAUUCCUAUUGGUCUUGAUAAAGAACUGGUCAAAGAGGUGCAACAAGAGUGUAAUGGUCUGCCACUAGCUCUUAAAGUAAUCGGUCGCUCUAUGUGUGGUAGGUCUGAGCCGUCUGACUGGGAAAGAGCUAAGAAUAUGCUUUCAAAAGGUGAACCUUUCGAUGAUUAUCACAAAGAUGGGCUUCUUCAUCGCUUGAAAACAAGCAUAGAUGUGCUGAAUGAAGAUGAAAAACAGUGCUUCUUGGAUCUGGUUGCAUUCCCUCAAAUAAAAGCCAUUCCUGCAAAUGCAUUGUUAGGUAUUUGGGUAUAUGUGCGGGCAAUGAAUUCGGACCAAGCCGAUAUGCUCUUAGGGAAGUUUGCAGAUCGCCAUCUAUUGGAUUUGAAGAAGAAUCCCGGGGCUGCAGAGAAUACAGAUGGCUGCAUGGAUGCUUAUUCCUUUUCUCAACAUGAUGUAAUGAGAGAUUUGGUCCUGUAUUUGGCGAAGCAGCAAAAUGAAAAUAGUACUCAAUGUAGGAGGCUAUUUAUGCCUAAAAUGAAAAAUCAUUUUCCCUCAGAGUGGGAAAAAGAUGAAGUUCUUUCAUCUAAGGCCCAGAUUGUUUCCAUUCACACGGGGGCAAUGAAGGAUACAGACUGGCCCAAAAUGGAUUUCCCUGAGGUGGAAGCUUUGUUUUUAUAUUUCACUGCAAGUGAAUAUUGUAUUCCUACGUUUCUACAGACAAUGAAAAAACUCAAGGUUCUGAUAAUCCAUAAUAAUGAAGGAGCAAAACGAAGCAAGCUCAGUGGAGUGGCUGAUUUUAAAGAACUUUCUCAACUUAAAGCUCUGCAUCUUGAAAAGCUGAUAGUUCCUGAGGAAUGCAAGGUCUUGAAGAGUUUGGAGAAAAUAUAUAUGAGUCUAUGCGAGGGUCUUGGUAGGGAUAAAACGUUCAACUUUCCUGAGCUUUUGGAAUUUAAUGUGAGCUACUGCAUUGAUCUUGAAGAGUUGCCAGCAGGACUUUGUUCUUCAGCUUCCUUGAAAAAGUUGUCAGUGACUCAUUGCCAUCGCCUUGCAAAGUUACCUGAUGAAAUGGAUAAGCUUCUAUCACUUAAGCAAAUAAGGUUGUGUGAAUCUCCAGGCUUGAAUGCACUGCCAUCCUCCAUCUGUAAGCUUAAAAAAUUGAAAUUCCUUGACAUCUCAUCUUGCAUGCGUUUCAAGAUGAAGAGGGGAGAACGUUGUGAAUUGAAGGAAACUCUUCAAACAGUAGCCAAACUGCCAUCUCUUAAACACGUGAUUUGUGAUAAGAUAAAUGAGCAGCUGUUCAAAAGCGCCUCCAGGCCUGACCUUAAAGUUGAAGCUAUUAUGGAGCAACAACCUAGUUUGGAUUGGCUGGAUUUAGAGAUUUGGAAUGGACGAAAUUAGACUUUCGUUGCGCAGACAAAACAAUGUGUUGGAAGCUCUCAGCCGUGAAGGCUUCUAUAUGCUGUGUCUUGGAUGCUUUUAUCUGCGUAGGCUUUGUGGAUCGUUGAUGCUGCUGUUUGAUAUCAUGCACCUUCAGAUCUAUCUUUAGUUAGCCUUUUCUAGUAAGCUUAAUAUGAGAAUAAACAAUGUCCAAUAUUCCAAAUACAUGUAUAGAUUUUUUCAGUUGGCCUAACUUUAGUUUUCAAGUGUACUUUGUUUUUUAUUAUUAUUUCAACAAAUAAGUAUGCUGGGCAUGCUAAUUAUGGCUUUUCUGAAAACAGUUGUAAUUUUUUUCCUUAAUUUAAAUAGCUUGAAUAUGCAAAAAGCAUACCUAUUGUUUUGAA